GUGGUGCCUGCUUUCUUGGCCCUGAAGUCAUGGCCUUAGGUCUCCUGUGGUUGGGCCUUGUCCUGCUGGGAGCCCUGCAGACCGAGGCCCAGGACUCCACCCCAAACCUGAUCCCAGCCCCUCCUCUGCUCUGGGUCCCUGUGGAGCCUGUCUUCCAGGAACAGCUGUUCCAGGGGAAAUGGUACGUCUUAGGAUUGGCAGGGAAGGAAUUUGAUAAAGAAAAAGACAGCCAGUUGAAGAUGUAUACCGACACCUUCGAGCUGAAUGAAGACAACAGCUACAAUGUCACCUCUGCCCUGGCCUGGGACCAGCGCUGUGACCACUGGACCAAAAUUUUCACCCCAAAUUUGCAUCUAGACCAAUACACCCUGGGCAACAUUGAGCGUUACACUGGAAUCCAGAGCUACACUGCACAAGUGGUGACCACAGACUACAACCAGUUUGCCAUACUGUACUUCAAGAAAGUUUAUGACAACCAGGAGAACAUCAAGGUCAUCCUCUAUGGGAGGACCAAAGAGCUGCCUCCUGUGAAAGCAAUCUUCAUCAUCUUUGCCAAAUUCCUGGGCCUCACUGAUGAGCACAUCAUCUUCCCUAUCCCCAAUGAUCAGUGCAUCGAUGAGUGA